AGCAAGGUCCUAACAUAGAGCAGUUUAAUCUGAACAAGAAACACUGUGCCAAGUACCCGAGGGAAUCUUUUCAAAAUCCUUCUUCAUCCGUGGGAAUUUAAGGCGUAACGAUUUUAAAAACUGCAAGAGCAUAAAGUACAGCGAUUAAACUUUCUUACAAACGGCAUAUUGUCGCAAUAUGACGUUUUUAACAUUUUAAAAGAAGAGGCGAAAGAUUGUCCGAGCCGUCUUCUUCCGGAUACAGCAUACAGAAGAACCAAAUUUGUCAUUUGAACGGAUUUCCAGGGUCGACUGCUUGAUUCUAUUCUACUUGUAAACCAGCUUGAGCUUUAAAGCUGACCAUAUUUUCAACAUUUUGGAGCUAGCGAGCGUGCUUGCUAGCCGACGACAGAUUUAUUAACAUGGAGUUGAGAGUCGGAAACCGAUACAGACUGGGCAGAAAAAUUGGAAGCGGGUCGUUUGGAGACAUAUACUUGGGUACUGAUAUCUCAGUGGGAGAAGAGGUGGCCAUCAAACUGGAAUGUGUGAAGACCAAACACCCCCAGCUCCACAUCGAAAGCAAAAUCUACAAGAUGAUGCAGGGCGGAGUGGGGAUUCCAACUAUAAAGUGGUGCGGGGCUGAGGGGGACUACAAUGUGAUGGUGAUGGAGUUGCUGGGGCCCAGUCUGGAGGACCUGUUCAAUUUCUGCUCUCGGAAGUUCAGCCUGAAGACAGUCCUCCUGCUUGCUGAUCAGAUGAUCAGCCGGAUUGAAUACAUCCACUCGAAGAACUUCAUCCACCGAGACGUGAAGCCAGACAACUUUCUGAUGGGGCUGGGCAAAAAGGGCAACCUGGUCUAUAUCAUUGACUUUGGACUGGCCAAAAAAUACCGGGAUGCUCGCACACACCAGCACAUCUCCUAUCGUGAAAAUAAGAACCUGACUGGCACUGCCCGCUAUGCCUCCAUAAACACACAUCUUGGCAUUGAGCAAUCCAGACGGGAUGAUCUGGAGUCACUGGGAUAUGUCCUCAUGUACUUCAACCUGGGUUCUCUUCCCUGGCAAGGCCUUAAAGCUGCCACCAAGAGGCAGAAGUACGAACGCAUCAGUGAGAAGAAGAUGUCCACCCCUAUUGAAGUCCUCUGCAAAGGCUACCCCUCGGAGUUUGCGACAUACCUGAACUUCUGCCGCUCUCUGCGAUUUGAUGAUAAACCCGACUACUCGUACCUCCGUCAGCUCUUCAGGAACCUCUUCCACAGACAGGGCUUCUCCUAUGACUAUGUGUUUGAUUGGAACAUGCUCAAAUUUGGUGCCAACAGGGCUGUGGAGGAUGCAGAGAGAGAGCGUCGGGAGCAGGAGGAGAGACUGAGGCAUAGCAGAAACCCUGGGGCCAGAGGCAUGGCUUCUGCUUCGGGCAGAGCUAGGGCAGCUCAGGACACUGCAGCCCCCUCCCCACUCAACCCUGCUUUACACACAGGUAUGGAGAAGGAGAGGAAGGUGAGCAUGCGUCUUCAUCGUGGAGCACCUGUCAACAUCUCCUCCUCAGAUCUGACAGGACGUCAGGACACGUCUCGCAUGUCCACCUCCCAGGCUCUGUCCCGGGUUACACCAAGCGGUCUCCAGUCUGCAGCUCCUCGGUGAAAACUUUCUAUCUGCACAUCCACUGAGGACGCCUCAACAUGCAUCACCUGCAGCACAUACACACUCUCACACACACAUUCACACAGAUUACCAGGACUCUCAAAUGACACAGAAAACUGCUCACCAAUGCACCAGAGUCUGCCUGUGCAUCUGUUCACUCAAUGAAAGAAGAGAUGCACAGCCAGCAGAUUGUGUACGUAUGUGUGAGAGAGCGAUGGGCAGGUGGAGACCUGUUUGGUUGCCUUAACAACAAUCUUUGCAAAGUGGAAGCAACAGCAACCCCUUUUCCUCAUGGAAGAUGUGAAAACUCAUUCUCCCUGCUGUUAAUGAAGCCAUUGAUUCACUUUUCUCUGGCAUCUUUUUUUUUUCCUGACUUUUGAUUUUACUUGUUUUUAAUCUUUUUAGCAUAAAAGCUUCUCCUUCACCAGCUGUUCAGCAUGAAAUGGAGAAUGCAGAGUCUGUUAAAUGUUCAUUUCUUGGACUUACUUUGAUAAGUCAAAAGGAGAAUUGUUCCAUCAUAGCACAGUGCCUAAACUCUGUGUAUUCUGCAAAAUACUUUACUACAAACCCCGCAGUCAACACCUCGUUAUUUUGUUCUUUUCAGGUGGAUGACAAAGGGGAAAAGAGACCCUGUUCUCGAGUUCUGUCCAUGUCCUCAGGUGUGGUGGAAUCAGGACGAUGUUGGAAUAUCAUAAACAUGCAGCACAUUUAGUUUGUCUUCUGGUUGUGACUGACGUGGAAAAAGCUGUGAAUGGAAGAGUGAGUCAGGAGUUCAGUCUGUCCACAUCAAUCUUCUGACGUUUUCUUUUAACUCGGUGCAUAGUGAUGUGGCUUCUGUGUGUAUUUGUGUUGUUGUGUCCUAGGGGGUUUCCAUUCUCAGAGGUUGGGGGAUAAACACGUUGAUUUCCUUUUAUAUAAUUAUAUAUAAAUGGAAACAUUUUUGUAAGCUUUUAGGUCCACAGCAUCUUCAGCCUCAUCCUUAGACCUGUGCCCCUCUUCUUCCAUGCUGAGUCAAAACACAUUUUUUAUUUCUCCAAAGCACAACUUGUCCAUUUUCUAAAUAAAUUCCACCAUCAGAAAUAGUUUGAAAGUAAAUUCAGGACACCCUUUUCACUCUACUGUAGCUAAUCUCAUAAUGUAAUAAGUGUUGGUGAAUGACUGGAACAGCGUGAGAGCUAAUUAAUCAAUUAUUUUUUUUCCUGUUCUUAGGAUUUGGAGGAGAAACCGAUUUGCUCAUUUAAAACAAAAUAGUUUGACUUUAUAAGGGCAUUCUUGUAAAAAAUAACUUGAAAUCUGGGACAGUACUACUAACUAACCUAUGGGUUAAUGUACACAAUUGAGUUUGCUGAUGAGAAGACUGUAGAUGAUCAUAAAAAACCCCUUAAAUGCUUUGAAGUCAAGUUUGAAAAGACAUUUUUCACGACUAACUGGCAUUAAAGAUUUUACAAUGCUGUGGUCCUUUCUUGUUUAAAAUUCAGCUCUAUAGAGCACAAUAACUAUAGUGUCCAUUGGCUCACUUUCCUGUUUAGAUAGAAAAUGGACAGGUUUUGUUUAAGGCCCAGCAUCAUGGAAGCAAACGAGGUUUUUAGAAGCUGUGGAUUGUUACGUGGUGAAGGGUGGUCACGGCUGAGGCCCCUCCUGGAGCUCCAAGCUUUGUGGCUCCUCCUGGUGAUCUGCUCUGAAACUCGCUGAUUUUUAAGUAGGAAUUCCUUGAUGUCAUAGACUGGUGCGAAGUAUUUGUUGGCCAUUUUCUGUAGUUGAUGUGGGGAUGGGUAGUUGUUGUACCUUGUACAUGUUCCUUCUGUUGUGUAUAGGAUGCGCCUGUUUACCACGUCCUAAUGAGCUGCUGUAGGCUUUGGGAGGAGUUUCUAAAGGGACUGGGAAUGCUUCACUCUAUUAGGGUUCCUGCGAAGGACCUUUUUCCCCCCUUUAAAUAUGUAUUUCACUUGUGGACUUUGAAAAACAACUAAGGUGAUAUAAUAACUUGGAUGUCUCACUGAUGAUGGCUGAUAAUUGCAAGUACACGUUUCCUUGGAUUACGUUUUCUGUUGCGUCUGCCUCUGGCAGUGAUUUUCUUACUUUGUCACCACCUGUCCAAUAAAGCUUGGAGGUGUGUACUGGAUUUGGGUCCCACAAUGUAUCUUAUACUGUAGAUUCAUGGGAAAUAUUUUGUUUUUCUUUCACUCCCAUCUUAAUAUUUUUGCUCUUCAGUUGUAAUGCCACUGUAUUUGUGUAUUUUAAAAUUGUGUAAAUAAAUUAAAAAGUAUUUGUA